AUGAGAGGGAAAGAAAGGGAGAGGAUCGGAGAGGAUGGAAAAGGGAGUGGGCAGAUCAUCAAAAUUAAGGACAAGCACUAUCUCAAGUGGCCAAGGCCACUGCACUCGUCACCCAAUGUCCACGACAAGAGGAAAUACUGCUAUUUUCAUAAAGAUCAUGGCCAUUAUACAGAGGACUGUAGAGACCUGAUGGAGCAAAUAAAGGAACUUAUACAAAGAGGGAAGUUGCAAAAAUUUGUAAAGAAGGGAAAUUCCAACAGGCCCAGGGAUGAUGGCAGAGACAAGCCAGAAGCCUCUCUAAGGAAUGACGACUACAAGCCACAUCGUCAGCAAAGUACAAUAGGAGAAAUAAAGACAAUCACAAGAGGGCCAUCCGCAAAGGGGUCGUUUAGAUCCCUCAAGAAGUCAUACCUAAAACAGGUGAACACCAUCCAUAGGAUACCACCCCUAAAGCAAAGACGGACGGACAGGGAUAUCCUGUUCUCAAAGGAAGACGCUAGAAGAGUGAAGCAACCGCAUGACGAUCUCCUAGUUAUUAUGUUUAUGAUAGAAGGGUUCAAUACCAGGAGAAUCCUCGUAGACAACGGCAGUUUCGUAGACAUCAUCUACCUUUCUGCUUUUCAACAGUUGAAGGUGGCCCCCGAGAGGCUGCAUCCCUUUGACUCCCCCCUCGUCAGCUUCAGUGGAGACAAAGUGUAUCCUAAAGGCAUAGUGACCCUAACAAUCACAAUAGGGGCUUUCCCGAAACAACUGACUCAUCAACUGGACUUCUUGGUAGUAAACUGUCCUUCCUCUUACAAGGUAAUCAUCGGGAGGCUCACACUCAAUCGUUGGAAGGCAGCCAUGUCCACCUAUUGCUUGAAGGUAAAAUUCCUAACAAAAAAAGGUGUAGGCGAGGCAAAAGGAGAUCAAGUGCUGGCCAGGGAGUGCUACCAGGCCAUGUUAGCUGCAAAGGAAAACCAUACGUGGAUGAUCGAGGAGAAAUAA